CCUCCCCCUCAGGAGGGAGCAGCUGACCACAGGCUCCGCCCACUGCACUCAAAACAGUUCUGUCUGUGACGAAGUGAAACUCAGACAGUCGUUGUUACCGAGAGACGAAAUGGCGCAGCAAAGAAUUGAGCUGCAGCGAGAGCGAUUCUGCUGUUCCAUCUGUUUGGAUCUUCUGAAGGAUCCAGGGACUCUUCAAUGUGGACACAGCUACUGUAUGAACUGUAUUAAAAGCCACUGGGACAAAGAGGAUGAGAGAAGGAUCUACAGCUGCCCUCAGUGUAGAAAGAUCUUCACACCGCGGCCUGAACUGAUGAAAAGCACCAUGUUAGCAGAUUUAGUGGAGGAGCUGAAGAAGACUGAACUCCACGCUGCUCCUGCUGAUCACUGCUAUGCUGGAGCUGAAGAUGUGGCCUGUGAUUUCUGCACUGGGAGGAAACAUAAAGCUCUCAAGUCCUGUUUGGUUUGUUUGGCCUCUUUCUGUGAGGAACAUCUCCAGCCUCAUCAUCAAUCACCUGCAUUUAAGAAACACAAGCUGGUAGAGCCGUCCAAGAACCUCCAGGAGAACAUCUGCCCUCGUCACGAUGAGGUGAUGAAGAUGUUCUGCCGUACUGAUCAGCAGUGCUUCUGUUAUCUCUGCUCUGUGGACGAACAUAAAGACCACGACACGGUCUCAGCUGCAGCAGAGAGGACGCAGAAGCAGAGAGAGCUGGAUCUGAGUCGAGAAGAAAUCCAGCAGAGAGUCCAGGACAUAGACAGAGACGUGAAGGUGCUUCAACAGGAGGUGGAGGCUCUCACUCUCUCUGCUGAUAAAGCCGUGAAGGACAUUGAGAAGACAUUCACUGAGAUGAUGCGUCUCCUGCAGAAAAGAAGCUCUGACAUGAAGCAGCAGAUCAGAUCCCAGCAGGAAACUGAAGUGAGUCGAGUCAAAGAUCUUCAGGAGAAGCUUCAGCAGGAGCUCACUGAGCUGAACAAGAGAGAAGCUGAACUGAAGCAGCUCUCACUCACACACGACCACAACCAGUUUCUCCUCAACUACCGCUCACUGUCAGCACUCAGUCCGUCGACACACUCGUACACCGUCCAUGUCCGUCCUCUGAGACACUUUGAGGAGGUGACAGCGGCUGUGGCAGAGGUCAAAGGUCAAAUACAGGACGUCCUGACUGAGACGUGGACAAACAUCUCACUGGCUGUGACUCUAGUAGAUGUUUUACUGACAGAUCCAGAACCAAAGACCAGAGCUGAAUUCCUCAGAUAUUCACAGGAAAUCACACUGGAUCCAAACACAGUUCACACACAGCUGUUAUUAUCUGAGGGAAACAGGAAAGUGACAUUUAUGAAGAAAAAUCAGUCUUAUCCUCGUCACACAGACAGAUUCACUGAUGUGUGUCAGGUCCUGAGUAAAGAGAGUCUGACUGGACGCUGUUACUGGGAGGUGGAGCGGAGAGGAGGAGUUUAUGUAGCAGUGACUUACAAGAACAUCAGCAGAUCAGGAGAUAAAAGUAGAUUUGGAUUCAAUGACAAAUCUUGGAGUUUAUAUUGUUCCCAAAACGAUUGUAAGUUUGAUCACAACAGUAUCAAGACUAAAGUCUCAGAUGUUAAAGUCUCCAGAGUCGGAGUUUACCUGGACCACAGAGCAGGUCUGUCCUUCUACAGCGUCUCUGACACCAUGACUCUGCUCCACAGAGUCCAGACCACGUUCACUCGGCCUCUCUAUGCUGGAGUCUGGCUUUGUUAUGAUUAUGGAGACACAGCUGAGUUCUGUAAACUCAAAUAACCUUGAGUUAUGUAAGAAGAAGUGAGUUAAAGGUGUAGACCACAACUUUCAAAGGUAAACAAAUGUCUUUUGGAUUCAAACCACUGUCAAAGUCGCUGAUUAAGUCUGUCAGGUCCACACGACUCUCUGUGUUUCUCUGCAACAAAGUCCACAGAGAAAAUCAGU